AUCGUUUCCUACUUUCUAUCUGAGAAGAUUUAAGCAUGACUGUGUAUUAUACUCUCACGUUCUUCCUCAUGGUUGCGGAGAUGGCGACGUUCUGUCUACUUGUGCUGCCGCUCCCAUUCGCAGUUCGCAAAAAGAUGUUCAAAUUCCUCAACGAGAAUGUUCUUGUUGCCAAACUGGCUUAUGGUCUGAAGAUUGCGUUCAUAUUCGUUGGGAUAUUAUUCGUUGAUGCUGUUCAGCGUAUGUUACGUCUUCAAGGGGACGGGCAAGGCGAGGGUACGCGUGAUGUCCGGACAGAGACUAACGUUGCCGCCCGGAAAUUCUACGCCCAACGAAAUAUGUACCUAACUGGAUUCACCCUUUUCCUCUCCAUCAUCCUCACCCGUACAUUUUUCAUUCUUCUGGACCUUGUCCAUAUCGAAGAAGAGUACUCGAAGUUAAAGAAGGCGACUGCUAACAAUUCCAAGUCCGCUAUCGUUUCGCAAGAACAAACCAAGCAGAUCGACGAAUUGAAGGCUAGGAUUGCUGCCUUACAAAGCAAGGAAAGAGACUUUGAUACGCUAAAGAAGCAGGCUGAUCAGCAAGCCGCUGAAUACAACCGGCUCGCUGACAAGUACAACGAGGCGACGGGGCAAAUUUCCGAUAAAAGAGUCGAUUGAGAGCACGGAGCUCCCUGCACUCCCUGCAUUCCCUGCACCCCGAGCGCAGCUGCUCGACGAGCCCUACUUCGUGUCUAGGCCACGAACUGCCUUGACAGUUCUAUAGCAAUCUUUCUGAGCUGGCUUCU